AUGUGGUUUUUUGUAAUCUUUGCAAUAGGGUAUUGUUAGGAUUGUCCGAGUGUUUUUUACCUUGGAAAUCUGUAUAAUUAAGCGAAUCUAUUUGUAUAUUCAAGUGGUUACAAAUAAAUCAUUACUUCUGUUUAGGAUGCAAUAGUUUAUCUAUAAGCAGAAUCAGGAACAUUACGAUAGAUUAAGUUAAGUAAGUAAAUAUUAGUAAACAGCUGACGGAUAGAGUGUUACAUAUUUGGAGACAGAGAAUUCAAAUAUAUUUGUUGGCUAGAAUAACGAAUUGCUUGUAUAUAGUUUAGAUGAAGAUAAUCCAAUAAAGGCUUCUUUAAAUUUUGUAGGAAGUGUGUUAUCUACAUAUGCAAUGAAUUCUUUGAUAGGUGUUGGAACAAAUCAGAACGAAGUUAUACUCUGGGAUUACUAAAGCAAUAGAGUUUUGGGAAAAGCAAAAUGUAUGAUAUUCUAUAUAUUAGAACUUUAGCUUUGGAAUUAUAGAAUAUAUUAAUAAAUUAUCAGAUUCUUAUUAUUCAAACAUAUGAUACUCUAAUUGCAGGUACUACUGCUGGAGGAUAGACUUACUUAGAAUACUAUACAUAAAAUAUGUAAUUUCUGUUGAAAAGCUUUGCAAUAGAUUAAUUUACUCUUUAUUAAAUUUCAACAAAGACUAUUAGUAAUACAGAGUUUAUUAUCAAUAUAUAUACAGUAUUUGGUUAAAUUUUGACUAUCAAUUUAGUGGAUAAUUAAUCUUCAACAAUUACAUUAAAUUCUUAAUAAAUCAAUUUAUAGUUAACUCCAAUAUAGAUGUAUUUGAUAGAAGAUUAUAUUAUUUUUUUUUCAAGUACUUGCUAAUAUUAGAAAUAUGAUAUUAAAUCAAAUAGUCUUGGAAAUCUAAAUUCAUGGACUUCUACUUGUCCAAAUAAUAUUAAAUAACUAUAAUUUAGUGUAGAAGAUCAACUCAUUAUAUUAUUAUUAAAUAAUCCUUCAGAUAGAAAUGAGAUGAUCUAAAUUUAUCAAUUAGAUUCUAAUUUAAUUGGUACAAAAAUUAGAUCAUUUUACUAUAUAUCUGAUAGUAUUAGUUAAUCUUAUAUAUUGUAAUCUAAAUAUAUUCUUGAAGUAGGUAAAUCUAGUAGUGAUAUCUACAUAUAUAAUUAAUGGUAUUAACUACAAUAAAUUAUUAAUGUUAACAAUAACAAUAAUUUUGCAAUCCAGAUUAUUCAAUAGGAUAUGAUAUUAAUACUAUAUUAAAAUGGAUUGGUAGUAACUCUCUCCUAAACAUCUUAAACUUGUUAAUUCACAUAAUAUUAAUGUUACAGCUAUAGCAUCUAAUCACAAUUCUAAUAUUCAACUGUUUCAUCAUAUACUACUUAAUUAGUCUCUUAAUUUUAAUAUAACAAUAUUAUCUAUGUGAUUUAUGCAUUAAACAAAAAUAUUUACUGUUAUAGUUUCUAGAAUAGUGUGUUUAGUUCAACUCCUACAAAUUAGUAGAUCUUUACAAGCAAUGUACUUUAAAUCAUUAUAUCAACUAAUUCUAUUUACUUUCUAUUGAGUGAUGACACUCUAUAUUAGUGUUCAUUUAGUAUUGCAACAACAAAUACUAAUUUAUAAUUAUAUUACAAAUAUACAAUUUAAAAUGUUAAUUAUGUAACUUAAGACUCUUAAGUUUAAAUUGCAACUAAUGGAUAAUAAAUAGUUAUUAUAUAAAUCAAUAAUUAAUCAGUAAAAACAAUAUAAGGUAUAUUUUUAUAAUUAUAUAUAAGAUAUUGGAGUGUCAUUUAAAUAGAUUUUGAUUUAUAAUGAGUUUCUAAUACUUUUAUAAUAGAAUUCUUAUAAAUUAUCAUUUUAUUCAAUUGAUGAUUUAUUGAAUGAUGUUAAUUUUGCAAUUUUUAUUCUAGAUACAUAAUAUUUUAGUGAAUAAUUUGCUUUAAAUUCAAACUUCCUUUUAAUUUAAUUUUAAUAUUCUAUCAUGUCUAUUUAAAUGACAGAUUAUUUCUAAAUUUAAAAUACUCAAUGUACUUUUACUUAAGUCUAUAGUAGUAAUGUGCUCAAUUAUAUUAAUACACAGAUAUCUUUGACUAAUUUUUAUAUUUUAUAUCAAACAAUAGAAUAAUUAGAAGGAUUAAAUGGAUUUGUAUAAAUAAAUAAAUAAAAUAUGAUAUGGAAUAGAAUCAUAAUUAAUUAAUCAAUAAAUAAUUUAGUAAGUUUAUAAAUAAAAGGGGCAUCUCCUACUUAAUCAAGUAUAAUUAUUGCAUAAGAAAUUAACAAUUUUUAAUCAUUAAUAUUAUAAGACUUGACCUUAAUCUUGCCAUAAUAGAUAUUAUCUUUGUCUGAUAUGAUAGCUGCUACUGUGUAGAAUUGUUAACUUGUAUUUAAUAAUAAUUUCUAUUAUUAUUUUAAUUUGAAGUAAAUCAAUCAAUUUUCAAUAAUUUCAUUAUCAAUAAACAAUUAAGAUAUGACAAAACCAUUAAUUCAAACAUAAUCUGUUGAUGUCAUUUAAUUCAAAGAUAUAGAAAUAUCAGAAUCUAAAUUAUAAUAGCUUCUGUCAAUUGAUUCAACAACUUAUUUACGUAUUUCGAAUUUAUUAGUUUAAAAUUGUGAAUGUUCUUAAUAAUCCUAAAUAAAAUAGUUAUUUCAAUAUUUUUCAUUAGAUAUAUAAACUGCUUAAUUUAUAGGAAAUCAAUUUUGUAGUUCAUUAUUUAAUAAUAUUCUUAUUGAUAAUUUUGGUACAUCAUAUAUCUAGGUAAAUGAUUUAACUAUUAAAAACAAUGCCAUAUAAUAAUAUAUAGGUGCAGCAAUCAUUAAUUUUGUUUAGAGUAAUGUUUAUUAAUAGAAUAAUGUAUAUUUAUUAUCUAUUACACUUUAAAAUAAUUAGUACUAACAAUAAGAUUAGAUAUAUGCAUUUCAAUUUUAAAAUGGAUACUCUUUUUAAGGAUAGGAUAUGUUAUUUGACAAUAGUUCUAUCUUUUUAUCUUCUUUUAAAGCACUAAUAAUAACUAAUUACACUUUUACAAAUCCUUCCUAAUUGAGUAUUAACAUAGCUGAAAUACCAUAUAUUUAAAUUAAUUUAGUAACUUUUAAUAAUGGAUAAGUAUAUUAAGGUGGGUUUAUUUAAAUAAUAAAUGAAAGAGAAUAUUAAUGUAACAAUCUCUAAUGCUUAAUAUAAAUUUCAAAAAUAAUUAUGAAUCAGAUAACAUUAAUUUCUUAAUCAUUAGCAAAUACUUGUUAUGGAUUAAAUAUAUAAUUAAGAUCAUAAUUUGAAGUUUAAUUGUCUUAAUUAAACUUCACAUUUUUGAAUUUGCAAGCAGCUGAUUCCAAUUUUAUUGUUUCUUCAACUGCUUUAUUCUUUCAAGGAUUUUAAUCAUAAUUAUUAAUAACAAGUUCAAAUUUUUAAUAAAUUUAAUAUAGUUUAAGUACAAGUGUUCUUAUUUUAAAUGCAUAAGUAAUAACUUUGAAUACAAUAAGUGUUAAUUAAUUAAACUUUAUUGGUUCAGUAUAUUAUGGAACAUAAAGUGAAAAAGGAGGUUUUGCUUAGAUAUCAUGUGCUUCUUUUUUUGUAUAAUUUAGUAAAUUCUCUUAUAUUAGUUCUUAUAGUGGAUCUAUAUUUAUUAUAGAAAUGUAUCAUGCUGAAGGUAUUAUUUCAUAGCUAUCUUUUAUUGAAAACAAUAUAAGUAAUAUUUAUUCAUUUGGAAAUGGAGCUAUUUAUAUUGAUAAUACUUUAAAUGAUACAUAAAUUAUAUUUAAAUAUAAUUCUUUUUUAGAAAUAUGUUCAUUAAAAGAUGGAGGACUAUUAUUUGUUUAAGGAGAGUAAUAAGUAACUUAUCCAUAAUUGAAUAUUACACAACUUAGUAUAAUUAAUAUAGAUGAUGUAUUGCCUUAUUAAUUCAAUAGAUCAAUUUAUUUUACUUAAAAUACAUUUUCUAAUUUAUAUUCUAAUAAUGGAUCUAUUAUAAAAGCAUCAUUAUUUAAUAUAACAUUUUAGGAUAAUUAUUUUAAUAGUAAUAAUAUAACAGCUACUCCUUAAAAAUUUAAUUCAAUCUAAAUUACAUAAGGAUCUUUGUUUUAUUUGGAAUAUUGUGUUUUAAUAUUAUAGAAUUUUACAAUAACUGAAUUUAAGAAUUUUGCAAAUUAAAAAAAUGAAGGUGAAUUAAUUUAUUCUUUUAAGAGUUGGAUUGAAUUGAAUUAGUGUACUUUUUCAAAUAUUAUAGUAAAAAAUUCUAAUUUAUUUUACAUAAAUCUUUCAUAUCUAAAAAGUGAUACUUUGAUAUUAUAAAAUAUCAUAUAGAAUUAGAGUUCAACAGAUAAGAGUUUGGUAGAAAUAUAUGAUUCAGCAAUUUAUAUGUUAUUUGCUCAAUUUUAACUGUUGUAAUGUUUAAAUUAUAAUUGUGUAUCUUCAGGUUUCUACAUAAAAUACUCAUAUAGCUAUAUUAUAGGUGGUUCAUGUAUUGACAGUCGAGGUAAUUAUGGUGGUUGUUUUUAUGUUACAUUACAACAAUAAUUUGCAAUUUUUGAUUCAUUAAUAUUUGAUCAUAAUUAUGUAAACAGUUCAGGAGGUACUAUCUUAGCUGAUUUGCAGAAUAUUUCUUCAUUAACAAUAUUGAAUUCCUUAUUUUAGAAUAAUAUUGCAGCUGAUUCAGGUGGAUGUAUAUAUAUAAAUUCAUUCAAUCAAUCUUUUGAUAUCAAUUAGGUAUAAGAUAAUCCUGUAAUUUAUAUUAACUAAUCUUAAUUUAUCAAUAAUAUUGCUUAGAAAUAUGGAGGAGCAUUAAAGACACUUGUAUUUAAUCCAUUAAUUGAUAAUCUUACUAUAUUUAAUAAUAAUUCAGCAUUUAUAGAAGGGGACAAUAUAAGUUCUUAUCCUUCAGCCUUAUUUCUUACUACUCCAUUAGAACCUGAAUUACCUAAUUUUUAUGUUUAUAAUGAAAGCUUAUAACCUGUUUAAGGAUAUUAUUUUAUACCCUAUUCUAAUAAUGGAUAAUAUUUUUUAAAAUACUUUAAAAGUGGUGAUACUGUAUAAUAACCAUUAAAUUUUAUUAUGAAAUCAUCUAAUAAUUAAACUAUGUAUAAUGAUAAAGUUUAUCUAAAAAUUUAUCCAUCUGGAUCAUAAAAUUACUCUCUAAGUAUUUCAAAUCCAAGUAGAGGGAAUAAUGAAGUGAGAUUCAAAGAUGGAUUCUUUAGUCUUGAAAAUGUUACAGCAAUAGGAAUACCUGAUACUGAAUAUCCAUUUUAUUUAACUAGUGAUGAAAUAAAAUCAUUAUCUAAAUACAAAUACUAUUAUGUAAGUAAUUAUAAUUAUACUUUUUUUGUGGUUUUUAGAAAAUGUUUAUAUGGUGAAAUUUGGUAAAGUUUUGAUAAUUAUACUGUUUGUUAUUAAUGUCCUCAAGGAUUUUAUUCUUUUGAAUUACCAACUUAAUAAGAUUAAGGUUAAUGUUAAGUUUGUCCUCUUGUAAGCAAAUAUAGGAUAUAAUGUUAUGGUGGAGCAUAAACAGAUUUGGAACCAGUAUAUUGGAGAGAGAAUAUCACUACUUUAUAAAUAUAUAAAUGUGAUUAAGAAUUCAGUGAUUGUAUAGGUGGUAUAACAUAAGAUUAAUGUGGAAAUGGAUAUACAGGUAGAAUGUGUUAAGCUUGUGAUUAUGAAAAUAAUUAUGCAAGGGAUUCUAGAUAAAUAUGUAUUUUAUGUUCAUAAGUUGAUUGGCCUAUUGCAAUUAUAUUAUUAAGUAGUAUAGGAAUAUUCCUUUAUUUUACAAUGUCAAUAUUCUUUUUAGCACAAGAUGUUGUUAUAUUGUGUUUACUACCAUGUUUAAAUUAAAUGUUACCACCAUUAAAGAAAAUUGGAUCUAAUUUAGGAUAAGUUAAAGAUUUGAAUUCUUUAUUAAAGAUCUUCCUUGCUUAUUAUUAAAAAAUAUCAUUAGUUAGUAAAAUUGUUGUAGAUAUUCCAUCUUAAGUAUAAGAUACUUCAGAUUCUUCUAUUUUUGAUUUCUCUUUAGAAUGUCCAAUGAUAAAUGUUAAUAAUUAUGUACCAAUGGUUUAUGUCAAUUAUAUUAUUGAAGUUUUAAAACCUUUAUCAUCUAUGAUAAUAUUUAUGUUUAUAUGGUCAAUUCUUUUUAGAAAUUAAAAAAUUAAAAGAGGUAUUUAUUAUACUGCUACUUGGUUAAUUAUUUGGUUAUUUUAUUUACCUAGUUUUUAUGAAAAAACACUUUAAUUAAUGAAUUGUAAAACAAUAGGAGAUGGAAGAUAUCUUAAACCAGAUUUAAAUUAAGAUUGUUAUGGAACUGAACAUUUUUUUUAUACUUUGUUUAUUUCUAUACCAUGUUUAUUGUUUUUUGUUGUUUAUAUUCCUGCUAUGCUUCUUUAUCAUAUUAGAAAUGAUAUGAGGAAAAAAGAUAAAAGACCAUUAAGAAAAUAUAAAUAUUAUUAUAUUAAUGGAGAAUUCACUGAAAAAUACUAUUAUUGGGAAUUUGUUAGACUUUUAGAAAAGAUUUUAAUUCAAACUGCCAUUGAAAUAUUCUUUUAUGAUACUAUUUACAUGGCUGAAUCAUGUUUAAUUAUUGUUUUAUUAUAUGGAAUUGCUUCAUUUGCUACUUAACCUUAUGGUUAUAAAAGAUAAAACUUUGUUAAUGUCAUAUCUAGUUUUACUGCCUUUGGAACUAUAUAUAUUGCAUUAGUUAUUGCAACUUUAAAAAAUCAAAUUACAGAUCCAAAUGCUCCAAUUAUUAUCUUCUUUGAAGUUUUACUUGCUAUUAUUAAUGUUAUAUAUGCUUUAUGGAUGGCUUGGAAAUUGUUUAUUGUACUUAUGCCAGUCUUAUUUGUUAAUAUUGAAUAAAUUUAAAGGGUAUUUUAGAUUAUCAUAUUUAGAAAGUUGCUAAUAUUAGAUUUCUUAGAAAAUUGGCUUUAAAUUAAAGAUUAAGAGCUAAGUUAUUAUUUAAAUAAAUAGGUUAAAAAGUCAUUGUUAUUAAUUUAAUCAAAAAACAUGCUAUGAUUAGAUAUUUAAAAAAAGAAUAAAAAGACAAAUAAUUAUAAGACAUUGUAAAUUUAUAUAUGUAUAAUUUUUAAAGGAAGAGAAAAUUAGAAAUAGAAAAUAAACAGCUGCAUAGGAUGCCUUGAAUUAUAUUCUAAGAAACAAUUAAGAACUCGAAUAAAAAUUAAAUGGAAAUGA